AUUAUUCUGUGAAUCCUUCAAAAUAUACAUAACAAACAAAUAUUGAAUAGCAUAUUUGAAUUUUUACUCAAUAUUUUCUAUUAACGAAUGGAUUUAAGAGUGAAGAGUACUGGAGAAAUCAGAAAGAAAUCUUUUACGCUCAACCCAAGGCCAUUAGACGGCCUUAUUCUUCGAAUACAUCAUACUGAUACCGAGUCACAAAAACUAAGGUUUCUGCAUACAUGUUUCAAUGAUGAAGGAAACAUAUUGGCCUCUUCCGACAAUAAUGGAAAUUUGUUUUUCAUCAAUAUUACGUCCCGCAAAUUUUGGGGAUUACCUGUUGUUAAUUCAUGUACUCUACUACAAUUUUCUUCUUUCAAAACAUGCGAAAUUCUUAUUGGACAAAGGAGCAAUGAAAUAUUCAUAGUGAAUUCUGAGAAUGGAGUGAUUACGGCAAAAUUAUUUGGGCAUGCAAGUCCCCCAAAUAAUAUAUCAUUUUCCAGUUGUGUAUACUGUUUGACUUCUUCUAAAACAGAAGCAAUAAUUUGGAAUUUACAGGAUAACUCAAAAUUAAAGAUAUUGGCUUUAGAAGAAGGAUCUCUUUUGUCAUAUGUUUCUUUUUUGCCAAAUUCAAAUCACAUUAUCGGUUGUUAUACUGACAAUUUGAUAAAUGUGUGGGAAAUUGGAUCUUUCAAAGUUUUGAGAGCUAUUCCAGCAACUACUUGGAGAAAUAUUAAUAUAAAAAAUUUCACAUUAUCUUAUGAUGGUUCUUUUAUGGCAUUAUCUGGAAAUGACCCUUGUAUAGCCAUCUAUUCACUAAAAGCAUGGAAAGUUCUCAAAUUUGUUAAUAUGCCGGAAUAUGUGAAAACUAUUAGAUUUUUGAAAUUUAUAUCCUAUAAAAAAUCCACAAACCCUAUAUUAGGAAUAUUAUCAGGACACGGAGUUCUGUCAUUUUUUGAUUUGUUAGAGGACAUAAUAAUAAGUGAAUUAAAGACACAAAAUGAAAUCCUUAAAGUGGAUCACUCUGGCCCUAAUUUAUUUCUGGGCUGCUUAAUCUCUACUGGAGAAAUAGAAAUAUACGACUUGAGUAUGUUUGUUGAAAAACCUGCAAAAGUAACUGCUCUUACUAAGAAAAAAAUGAAACUUAAAUUGCAUCAGAAGAUUCCUCCAAAUAAAGUGGUGGAAUUCAAAGAUGAGCUUGAAGAAAUGUUAAAUAUAGAUAAACUUCGUUUAAUUCUCAAGGAAUAUGGUGAAUAUCCAGAAAAUUAUCGUAUGAUGAUUUGGGAACAGCUGCUACAACUUCCAUAUAACAAAACAGUUUAUGAUGCAAUCAUCAAGUAUCAAGCACACAAAGCUUUUGAGAAUUUGGAUAAAGAGUAUCCAAUGGAAAAUAGAAGUUUCAAAAGUUUGAGGUGUCUCCUAAAUAAUUUGGUAACUUGGUGUGGGUUUUUCUCACAUGUGUAUUAUUUACCUGUUUUCGUCUACCCCUUCGUCAAAGUCUUUCAGAAUAAACCAAUGGUUUGUUUUGAAGCAGUGGCCACUAUUUUAUUAAAUUGGUGUCAAUACUGGUUCGAAUAUUUUCCUUUGCCACCCAUUAACAUCUUGGCAAUAAUAGAAAAUAUGUUAUUGGAGUGGGAUCCAGAACUUCUUCGUCAUAUUAACAACCAUGGUAUAACUUCCAAACAAUAUGCAUGGUCUUUAUUAGAGAGUGCUUUUUCUGAAGUACUAACAUCUCAGUCCUGGUUUAUAUUUUGGGACCAUAUACUGACAAAUGAACCCUCAUUUCUCAUUUGUACUGUGAUUGGAUAUAACAUUAUUCAGAGAAAUAUAUUGUUGAAUUUGAAAGAUACAAAAGAAAUCGAAAAUUUUUAUCACAAGCAGAAUCCGCUAGAUAUGAAGAAAUUUUUGGCAAAGUGCUAUAAAAUAAAGGAAAAAACUAAACCAGACAUCCAUCCACAUAAGUACUUGAACAUGUUCACAAAUCUUGAAAAGGGAGUUUAUCCUGUUUUUCAUGGAUAUCCUAAAGUUAUAAUAGAAAAUGAAACUCAAAAAUUAAGUGAUUUGAAGAAUGAGUUGCGCAAUAUUGAAGUUGAAGAGGCCAGAUUACUUUUGGAUAAAAAGAAACAAAUAGAUAAAAUGUUGGACUCUGACAUAGAAACAAUUGAGAAAAACAGGUUGUAUGAAAUGAAAAAGGCCUGUAAUGAAAAACUACAGAACCAACAGAUCAGGGCAAAACAUCACUUACAACGUCUAACACAGCUCCGUAAGAAAUUCGAUCAGCAUCAGGCUAAAAUUCUUGAAUACUCUAAAAAUGAUGUCAUCAGAAAAAAAUUACUGGCUACUGACAUGAUGUACAGUGAGAUAGAAACGAACAGUAAAACAGAUGAAUACUUGGCAGAGAAAGCGGAAGCUAUGCUUCUACGGCAUUAUUCGGAGCUUAUAAAGCACAAAAUGCAGAUUGAGGCUUUAUUGAAGGAAGAUUCAAGUUCGAUAGAUGAACCUCAAUUGCACGAGACAAUUAGAAAAGAACAUAGGAAAAUUUUGAAGGAAAUUAAGAAGAUAUCCCAGUCACCUGAUGCUAAUGAAAGAAUCAGGCAAUACAAUGUAGUAUCUAGCUUAUUGGCUAUGGAUGACCUAAUUAGAAAAGUUGAAACAGCCCUUGCUAAGGAACUUUCAAGUGAAUAUUUGGAUCUAUCUAAAAGUGAAAGCUGUAUCAAAAAUAUGCAACUUCAAACAGAAACAGAAGAACUAGAAGCUGAAGUAAGCAAUUUAUUGAAUGCCCUUUCAAAAUCUAGAAUAGACGAGAGCAAUUCUAAAAUUUCCACUCAAGCUACUACAAAUACUCAGUCAGCUGCAUUGAUGGGGGUAUCGGAACAGAACAGAGAUUCUGAGAAUGAGUACAUAAAUUAUCCAUUGAUUUCUUCAAGGAACCAGUUGGUAGCUUCAGUAUCAAAUGAAAGCUAUCCUCCUAGUUCCAAAGUUUCUAAGAAUGAAGCUCAAAAGCCCAAAACAAAGAAAUUCAGAAGGUGGAAAAAGAAAAUACCAAACAAAUCAGUGAGAUUUGCAAAUACAAAAAAAUUUAAAUAAUUUUUUUAAAAUAUCCCAAUGCCUGCUUCAGUUUACACAAUUUAGUAAUAAGUACUUUGGAUUAAGUUAAUCCAUGAUAAUGAUAAAUAUCAAAUACUUAUGCUAAUGUAUGUGGUCAUAUUUUGAUAAAGUAUUGUAAAAAUGAUUUGUGAAAAUUGUAUCUAAUAAAAGUCAAGUCUACAAUU